AUGUCUUCUUCGAGCUCGUCAUCCGACGGUGUUCUUGAUGAUAUGGUUAUCACCAUGGCGCAAGAGGCGAUUAAUUAUUUGCAAGAAGAAGCUGAAUCCUCUGCAUCGCGUACCAGACAACCGCCUAUUGAACGGAAUUGGUUAGCUGCUCAUGAACAUCUAGUGCAAGAUUAUUUUUGUGAAACUCCCGUGUACGAUGAUGUUCAGUUUAAGCGUAGGUUUCGUUUGAGCCGACGACUAUUCGUUAAAAUUUCCAAUGAUCUUGCGGGCGAAUCCCUUUUUUUCACGCAAAGGGUAAGUGCAAGUCGCAAAGUUUGUUUCUCUGGACUACAAAAGUGUACAGCAGCAAUUAGGCAACUAGCCUACGGCACAUCGAGUGAUGUGUGGGAUGAGUAUUUAAGGAUGUCGUCAAGAAUGUGUCGUGAGUGUCUUGAAAAUUUUUGUGAAGGUGUAAUCUCUCUGUACGGGAGACGAUAUUUGAGGAUGCCAACCGCAGCCGACGUUCCAGUUCUAUACGAGGCCCAUCAGCGCUUACAUGGGUUUCCUGGAAUGUUGGGAAGUCUUGAUUGCAUGCACUGGGAAUGGGCGGCAUGCCCAACCGCUUGGAAAGGGCAACAUCAUCGUGGUGUCCACGAUGGUCCUACCCUAAUAUUACAAGUGGUCGCUUCUCAAGAUUUAUGGAUUUGGCAUGCGUACUUUGGCAUGGCUGGUACUAACAAUGACAUUACAGUUUUAAUGACCACGAAUCUAUUCGACGAUGUUAUAGAUGGUGUUGCACCAGAUACUUCAUUCUAUGCAAACGACGUGUAG